AUGACCUCGCCUGCUGGACGCGCCACGGAGUCUCCAGGCCCUCGCUCAAGCGCCGCUAUCAUUCUGGGUCGGCAGCUGAAGCAGAUGCAAAGCGAUAAAGACAUACCCGGUAUCAGCUGUGGUCUUGUGGACAAUAACAUAUUCGAGUGGGAAGUCAUGCUUAUGCUCAGUGACGAGCAAGACAGUCUAUAUGGAGGAGGCAUCUUCAGGACGCGGAUGAUCUUCCCAAGCACUUACCCGCAUCUUCCGCCCAAAAUGAAAUUCGAGACACCGAUCUUCCACCCCAAUGUCUACCCGAACGGCGAGGUCUGCAUUAGCAUAUUACAUCCACCUGAGGAAGACCAGUACGGCUAUGAGUCUGCCUCAGAGCGGUGGUCACCCGUGCAAACGCCGGAGACAAUUCUCCUAUCAGUAAUCAGUAUGCUGGGCAGCCCGAAUGAUGAAUCUCCAGCUAAUAUUGAGGCCGGUAAACUUUGGCGGACGGAUCAGAAGGAGUUCAAGAGGCGUGUAAGGAAGUGUGUACGGGAUAGCCAAGAGAACGCAUGGGAAUAG